GCGUUGGAACGCUGCGGGCGGGACAACGAACUUUGUGCAACACAAUUAAAUCCAGCGCUUUUGCGCCCGUUCAAGAUGCCAAACCUGAAGUGUUGCGUCUGCGGAGGUUACCGGAAGAGGCAUAAUCAUUUGACUGUAUUCGCGUUCCCCGUUCAGGAAGCCCGCCAGCAGCAAUGGUUACAAGCGUGUAAUCUCCUGGAAGUAGGGGCAGAUAGUGGAGUAUGCGAGGCACACUUUGCGCCCAGUGCAUUUUCAAACUCUGCAGCACAAAGAAAGAGGUUACAGGCAAUGGCAGUUCCAUCUUUGCAGGACAGUUCUGUUUUUCAUGUGGACUGAAAUGCUUUCAGCUCAGGGGAGGUGUACCAGCCACCUCAGUCUUCCGUACCUCAAGUCCUGCCCGGCGAUCUGAAGCUAGACGAUCAGCAACAAACAGGAAGCUGCUGGUGCCAACCCACACAUACAUGGUCCUCCGCCGGGCGAUGCAGAAGGCUGGCCUGCUGACAGUGGGCAACACUAUCCUGCACCUUGCUGAGCGGUACCUAGCUGGUGAUGGCGAUGGUGGUCGGAGUGGUGAAGGCGGCGGCGGUGCGGCUGGAGGUGGCGACGGCGAUGCCGGUGACUGUGCGGACGUUGCUUGGCAUAGUAGACUACGAGCGCUUCUUUCGCCGGUAACCUCACGAGCUACCAAGGAGCCAGCCAAUGUUGAAGGGACUCGUAGCGCUCUUGCACCCGGUGGCAGCCAGGGCCCGGCCUGGGCCCUCGGCCGAGGCGCCACACUCGACGCAGCUAUGGGACAUGAGCAAAUUGAUGUCGAGAUGGGUACUGGGGAGGAAGGAGACCCCAGCCUCGGGGCGACGGCGGGAGAAGAGAGCCAUUGGGGCACCCGCAGCGCUUUCGUCUCCGAGCCCCAGCUGCGCGAGCUGGCCGGGGCCGCCGCGGUGCUCUGCAUCCGGUGCGGCGCUAGAUGCGGUGUGAAUGUGACUCGGGUCACCGUAUCGUUCACGAUCACAUGGGAAUGCAAGGCAUGUGACACUGUGACCAAGAAGUGGAUGUCAACGCCAAAAGACGGCCACACAAUGGUCAUAGACACCCUGCUUUCUGCGGCAGUCGUGCUCAGUGGCAGCCAUCUGGAAGAGCUGAACAAGAUGUUGUCCUUCGCAAACAUAGGGCAGCUCAGUGAGACGGCAUACAGCCGUACCACACACAGGGUUGUAGCACCAGUGAUUGAGGAGGCGUUCAACAAGACCAUGGCUGAAAACCGAGAGGCGGCCAUGGCUGCUUCCCCUGAUGGCCUUGUCAUUGCUGGUGACUGUCAAAAUGACAGCCCCAGCUCCUCGGCAUCAUAUGGGUGCUGCACCAUCAUGGACCACACAACUGGCCAUAUCAUAGCUCAGAACAUCGUAUGCAGUGAGGAGGUCGGCUUCGCGAGCCCGAAGCUGGAGGUGGAAGGCCUCUCGCGCUGUCUUAGCGACCUCCAAGAACUUCCCAUCAAAGAGUUCAUAUCUGAUCAACACCUGGGUGUGAGGAAGGCUGUCAGGCAGCACCUACCAGGCGCACAGUAUUCGUGUGCCGUCUGGCACGCUGCGAAGAGCGUGGCGAAGCGCCUGCGCCAGCAUGCAGCGAAGCCUAAAAACCGGGCGCUGAGACCAUGGGUGCGUCACGUCAAAGAUCACUUCAGGUGGUGCGCCCAAACAUCGCACGGAGACGUCGACGUGUUCAAGAAGCGCUGGCUGAUGGUCCUGAACCACGUGGUAAACAUCCACGCCACACCCAGCGGCCUCAACCGCUGUCACCAUGCUGACGUGCCGGAGGACGAGUCCCGCGACCGGCCGUGGCUGCGGGCGGGGUCUCCGGCGCACAACGCCCUGUGGGAGGUCGUGGCCAGCCUUCGAACGCUGAACCUCGCCGCCUUCGUGGUGACCUGCAGGCACACUGACAACCUGGAGAUGUUUCACACGGACAGCCUGGUGUACGCUCCAAAGCUGACGUACUUCGAACCUUCCACGUUUGUGGCCCGGAAGCGCGCAGCUGUGCUGGAGUGGUCGUCGCAUCUCGGUCGGGGUUAUGCCACGGACGAGGAGGGCAACGUCAAAACGUCCCGCGUCUACAGUCGUGUCUCCGACCAGUACGUCGUACGGCCGGUGAAGGUGCCGAAGACGUUCCCCCACGUGCGCCCGCUCCUGGAGGCCAUCGUGAACAGGCAUAUGAACGUCACCGUCGCUGAUCCGUUGGAGCAGUAAGAUACGGCGCGCCUGCCUGUGCGCGGCGGGUCCCGACCGGCUAGCCCUGUCAAGUUAACCCUGACGGACGCUGGACGGCUCCUGUCGCGGUCAGAAGCUCCUGAGGAAGCGGCACGUAAGAGAGGUGUGCGAGAAAUAGGCAACGACCUGUUGGUGUUGAAUGGGAAAGUUGCCAAGUCACGUGUUUUCGCCGUCGCCACGACAGCCCGUGGAUUUGCAAUAUCUAUUGAACAACUGGUGUCACUGAUCGUUCGUGCGCUUUGCUCAGUGUGUUUUGCCCAUGUUCAAGCCCAACGACGAUUAUAAAAAUGUCACUACGCUUCAUGA